GGUGCUGCCAGCUGGUGCCCAGGAGGAUGAGGACCCCCCGGGAGGGGAGAGGAGCGUGGUGGGGGAGCUGGGGCAGUGGGGGUGCCCGGCUGGCCGAGCUCCAACAGGAUGCUGAGCCAUCCUUCCUAAUGCCAUCAGCUCCCGGGAACCCGCCCCGGCGGGGGGCUCCUGCCAACUGACGAUCCCAGCCUCACACCCUCCCACCGCGGCAGCCCUUGGCGAACCCCCCUCCCUGUCCCGGCAGAGUGGCAGUGGGCAGAGCUGGGCACGGGCCACUUGCUCUGCUUCACCCCCUGCCCAUCAUCCUUUCCACCCCGGCUUCUUCCUGGCCCCUAACACCAGCCCUGCAGGCAGCCCCGGGGCAUCCACCUCAGUCUGCAGCACAGACGGGAGGGUGAGCCACAACCCGCCGGGGCGUUGACUCUGAAGCCUAAGGAUGGCUCACGACCAGCAGCAUUGCUGAUUCUCUUCCACCAAAGCCUCCAGCUUUUUCCUCCAGCUCAUCCCCCCCCCCAAAGCUGCUGGCUCAGCUCCACCACCUCCCUCUUGGCUGAGUCCUCAGCAGCCCUCACGGCUGGGUCGGUGCAAGCAGCCCCUGCCGGGCCGCCCCGCAAGGCCGGCAGUGAGGGGGUCCCACCCCGCGGGCUGGCAGCCCCUGUAUUGCCCCCUCUCACCCCACACACUUUGCCCACAUGGGCUCGUCCCUGCGCCCCGGGGCACUCCCAGGGGCCAGGAUGAGGUGGGAGGGCGCUUCCAGAUGUUUCGGACCGGUGCACAUCUGCAUGGAAAGUUCCAGGCGGGGGAGGAGGGGCGAGGCAGCGGCACUAGGCAACGGUUGCCUGGCAGCGGGGACCACGUCUCCGUGGCGAUGUGGCACCUGUCGGCGGGGCUGAUGCCACAGCUGCCAUGGCGACGCGGAGGGAUGCUCCGGCGCGAGCCCCCGAGCCCCCCGCCAGCAGCUCUCCCCGAGCUCCUCGGGGCCACCCGGGGCUGGGGACAGCCUCUGGGGGAGGCCCGGGCACACCGAGGGGGGUCAGGGGCUGCCCCGGCCCCCCCCGUGCACCCGCUGAGUGGGCGCCGGCCCUCGCCCCCACUCCCUCCUUCGGCAGAUGCCCGACUACAAGCGUGCCACGCUGCAGGACGACGAGGGGCCAGAGCCGGCGGGGGACGGCAGCGUCUCUCCCGACAGUGUGGAGGUGGGGUUUCAGAAGGGGCCGGGGCCGCUGCUGAGCCGCCUGGCCUCGCGCAGCCAGCUGGAGCUGGUGCUCUGCGCCGUCGCCGUCUCCCUGGCACUGCUGCUCGGCGUCGCCGUCGUCACCCUGGCCGUCCAGUACCGCAGAGCAUGUGCCUGACGGACGCCUGCGUCCGGGUGGCCAGCAAGAUCCUGGAGGCCCUGGAUGCGGAGACGGACCCGUGCCAGGACUUCUACCAGUACUCAUGCGGGGGCUGGAUCAAGAGGAACCCGCUGCCCAACGGGCGCUCCAAGUGGAGCACCUUCAACAGCAUCUGGGACCAGAACCAGGCCAUCAUGAAGCAUCUCCUAGAGAACACCACCUUCAACUCCAGCAGCGAGGCGGAGCGGAAGACGCAGCGGUACUACCUGUCCUGCCUCAAGGAGCAGAGGAUAGAGGAGCUGGGCUCCCAGCCCCUCAUGGAGCUCAUCGACAAGAUCGGGGGGUGGAACGUCACCGGCUCCUGGAACCAGAGCAGCUUCAUGGAGGUACUCAAGAUGGUGUCAGGCACGUACCGGGCGACCCCCUUCUUCACGGUGUAUGUGGGUGCAGACUCCAAAAGUUCCAACAGCAACAUCAUCCAGGUGGACCAGUCGGGGCUUUUCCUCCCAUCCCGGGAUUACUACCUGAACAAGACCGCCAACGAGAGGGUCCUGGCAGCGUACCUGGACUACAUGGUGGAGUUGGGCACACUGCUGGGGGGGGCCCCGGAGCCCACCCGCCUCCAGAUGCAGCAGGUGCUGGACUUUGAAACCCAGCUGGCCAACAUCACCGUGCCCCAGGCCGAGCGGCGGGACGACGAGAAGAUCUACCACAAGAUGAGCAUUGCCGAGCUGCAGGCUCUGGCCCCUGCCAUCGACUGGCUGGAUUACCUGUCCUACGCCCUGGCCCCACUGGAGCUGGCGGACACGGAGCCCGUGGUGGUGUAUGGGGACACCUACCUCCAGCAGGUCUCUGACCUCAUCAAUGGCACCGACAGGAGCGUCCUGAACAACUACCUGAUCUGGAACCUGGUGCAGAAGACGGCCUCCAGCCUGGACCAGCGCUUCGAGACAGCCCAGGAGAGGCUGCUGGAGACGCUCUAUGGCACCAGGAAGUCCUGCACGCCCCGCUGGCAAACCUGCAUCUCCAACACGGACGACACGCUAGGCUUCGCCCUGGGCUCCCUCUUCGUCAAAGCCACCUUCGACCGGGACAGCAAGGCCAUUGCUGAAGAGAUGAUCAGCGAGAUCCGGGCGGCAUUCGAGGUGUCCCUGGACCAGCUGGACUGGAUGGACGAGAAGACCAGGCAGGCUGCGAAGGAGAAGGCCGAUGCCAUCUAUGACAUGAUCGGCUUCCCUGACUUCAUCCUGGACAACAAGGAGCUGGACGAUGUCUAUGAUGGGUACGAGGUCUCAGAGGACUCCUUCUUCCAGAACAUGCUCAACUUCUACAACUUUUCUGCCAAAGUGAUGGCUGACCAGCUCCGGAAACCCCCCAACCGCGACCAGUGGAGCAUGACCCCGCAGACCGUCAAUGCCUACUACCUGCCCACCAAGAACGGGAUCGUUUUCCCCGCUGGCAUCCUGCAGGCUCCCUUCUACGCCCGCAACCACCCCAAAGCCCUUAAUUUCGGCGGUAUCGGCGUGGUGAUGGGGCAUGAGCUGACCCACGCAUUCGACGACCAAGGGCGGGAGUACGACAAGGAGGGCAACCUGCGGCCAUGGUGGCAGAACUCCUCCCUGGAGGCCUUCAAGAACCGGACGGCAUGCAUGACGGAGCAGUAUGGCCGCUACACCGUCCACCGCGAGAAGGUCAAUGGCCGGCAGACGCUGGGCGAGAACAUCGCCGACAACGGUGGGCUCAAGGCAGCCUACAAUGCAUACAAGUCCUGGCUGGAGAAGAAUGGGGAGGAGAAGCGCCUGCCAGCCCUGGGGCUCACCAACCACCAGCUCUUCUUCGUGGGCUUCGCUCAGGUGUGGUGCUCCGUCCGGACGCCCGAGAGCUCCCACGAAGGGUUGGUGACCGACCCCCACAGCCCUGACAAGUACCGUGUCAUCGGCACCCUCAGCAACUCCCGGGACUUUGUCGAACAUUUCGGCUGCCCCCUGGGCUCCCCCAUGAACCCCGGCAAGCACUGUGAGGUGUGGUAGGGACGGGGAGGGUGCUGGGGACGGAGGGGGUGAUGCUCUGCUGUGUCCCCCACCCCAGCCCUCGCCAGCUGCCGGAGCUGGCCCACGGGCAGAGAGCGGGGUCACCCCCCCCAGGUCACCCUCCAUCGCGGUUCCCCCCUGUGCACACACCGCACGCCGCCUCGCCCCACCUCUGCCCCCCUCCCCAGCACACACAGCCCCACACCGGGCACCCACCGCAGCCCCCAUCCAUGGCCUGGGGCCAGGCACGGCCGGCAGAGAAGCCGUAGCACCCCCAAAAUGCAGCUCUGCCCCCCAACCCUGACGUGCUAGAGACGGGCACCGCUCAGCCCCCCCCCAGUGCCACGUCCCCCCCUCAGGCAGGCAGGUCAGAGGGGUCCCAGGGAGAGCACUAGAGCCGAGCCCCCCCCCGCUCCUGCCCCCUGACCUGCCGGAGAUGGAAGCUGGGGGUCACCCGGCUCUGCCCUCCCCUCGCCCCCUCACAGUCCGGCUUGGCUUCCCCAUCCACCUCUGCUGGGACCAGCGGGCGGCAGCGGGGACUCUGGUGCCUUCAGCUGUGGGUGGCUGUCGCUGAAUUUAUUUAACGAUUAAAAGCAGUUUCCACUUA